UAACUAUACAUGGAUCCUCUUAACCAUGUUCCUUCAUGUCUUCUCUUGUGUCCAACAGAACGAUAUGAAAAAGAGCAUACCAAACCGGCAAAAACAAUUAAGGGGGGAAUAAGCUUUCAGUUCAACUAUCGCAUUGUCAAAAGUUCCAGGUUCAGUGAAAAGUCUGAUAAUCUUCAUUCUCUACUUCGCUGCAGCAAAACAGACAAUGAAGAAUUAUAUUGUGAUGCUUGUGGCAUCCGGAUCGUAAUAGAUACCUAUUACUUCUGCAGCCACUGCAAUCGAGAGUACCACAACGAAUGUGUUGAGGCUUCUUCCAUUUUCCAUUUCUCUGGUCAUCCAAAACAUCCUCUUCAACUUCUCUGGUCUAUGGAAUACCCUAACCACAUUUGUUCUUCUUGUCAAAGAUACAGUCGUGGUCUAUCAUACUAUUGCCUCAUUUGCGACUUUUCACUUCAUGUGACUUGCUCGAGAAACCUAACACCCCUUGCUAUAGACAAUCCGAAAAGGCAUAAGCAUACCCUCCAUUAUUUUCCUAGGAGACUUGCUUUGGCUUGCGAUGUUUGUGCAUUGGUGGAGGAUUCGGAUCACUUAUACGCAUGUCUCCUAUGUGAUUUCUUUGUUCAUAAAAGUUGUAUGGACUUACCAUUUGUCAUAAAGGUAUCUCGUCACAAUCACCGUCUUGCUUUUGCUCCUAGUAGUCCUUUCAAGGCUUCGGCUGAUUGUAGAGUUUGUUAUGAAAAAAUAGACAUAAAUUACGGAGAAUACUCUUGCGUGAAAGGAUGCGUUUAUGCAAUGCACUCUAGAUGUGCACUACGACGUGACGUGUCCGACGGUAAAGAACUUGAAGGAGAGCCUGAAGAAACAUAUGAAAAUACUAAAUUGUUUGAAGAUAAAGGUGAUGGAGUUAUACUGCAUCAGGGUCAUCCUUGUCAUCAAAUAAAACUUGAAAAACAAUUCCAUGAUGAAAACAAGCAUUGUCAAGCGUGCAUGCUUCCGUUCUAUGGUGAUGGUAAUGUGUAUCGUUGUAUGCAAUCAUGCGAUUUCAUUUUACAUGAAUCAUGUGCAUAUCUUCCCCGGGUGAAACAAUUUAUGCUACAUGUUCAUCCAUUGAUUCUAGAGCUCGCGUAUACCACAAGUUGCUUCAUGUGUAGGAAAUGUGACCGUAACUCAUGCGGUUUCGCGUAUGUGUGUCCGAUCGAGGGGUGUGAUUGGAAGCUAGACACGCUGUGUGCUUCUAUUUGUGAGCCGUUUAAUCAUUACUCUCAUCCACAUCCCUUGUUCAUAACUUGUGGUGAAUACACAAGCAUGUUGUGUUCCAUUUGUCAAUCAUGGCAGGAACAACCUUUAGAUUGUGUUGAAUGCAGUUUUGUUCUGUGUUUUCGUUGUGCCACUCUUCCACAUAAAUUAAGUUACAAGCAUGAUGAGCAUUUGCUCGUUUUUUCGUACAAAGAAUAUGCAGAUGAUGAUGAACUUUGCUGGUGCGAAAUAUGCGAAAAAGAUGUAAUUCCACAGCAAGGAUUAUAUGCAUGCAACGAGUGUGAAGUCACCCUCCACGUCGACUGUCUAUUGGGAAGGGAUCUGCAUAUGAAAUCCGGACAAACUGUUGUUACAUCUAACAAGGAAAUGAUUCAUUAUCUUCCAAACACUUAUCCAACUCGACCUAUAUGCAAAACUUGCGGAAGGCAUUGUCCUUACAAAAUAAUGAUAAAGACAUCUGGUGGAGACCUAUUCUGUUCUUAUACUUGUUAUGAAGAAUAAUGAUUUGAUUGAAAGUAAUGUUGUUGCGAAAUCAG